AUGAACGAGAAUCAGGAGUUGGAUUAUAUGUUUGUCAAAUCAGGGCCGCUGUGCUGUCGUAGUCAGGGCCGCUGUGCUGCCGGAGUCAGGGACGCUGUGCUGCCGGAGUCAGGGACGCUGUGCUGCCGGAGUCAGGGACGCUGUGCUGCCGGAGUCAGGGACGCUCUGCCGGAGUCAGGGACGCUGUGCUGCCGGAGUCUGCCGGAGGGGACGCUGUGCUGCCGGAGUCAGGGGCGCUGUGCUGCCGGAGUCAGGGGCUGUGCUGCCGGAGUCAGGGGCGCUGUGCUGCGCUGUGCUGCCGGAGUCAGGGGCGCUGUGCUGCCGGAGUCAGGGAGUCAGGGGCGCUGUGCUGCCGGAGGACGCUGUGCUGCCGGAGUCAGGGACGCUGUGCUGCCGGAGUCAGGGGUCGCUGUGCUGCCGGAGUCAGGGGCGCUGUGCUGCCGGAGUCAGGGGCGCUGUGCUGCCGGAGUCAGGGGCGCUGUGCUGCCGGAGUCAGGGGCGCUGUGCUGCCGGAGUCAGGGGCGCUGUGCUGCCGGAGUCAGGGACGCUGUGCUGCCGGAGUCAUGGACGCUGUGCUGCCGGAAACCUUUCUCUCCCUUCUCACUCUCCUUCUUUCUCCUCUCCUCUCCUCUCUCUCAGUUUGCUCGGGUGUGGAUCCCUGAUGCAGAUGAGGUGUGGAAGUCAGCAGAGCUCACUAAGAACUACAAACAUGGAGAUUCCACCCUACACCUCACACUGGAGGAUGGAAAGGACAUUGAGCACAAGCUGGAUGAUAAGACAAAGAACCUUCCUCACCUCCGGAACCCUGACAUCCUGGUGGGGGAGAAUGACCUCACAGCUCUUAGCUACCUCCACGAGCCGGCCGUCCUGCACAACCUUAAAGUCCGCUUCACCGACUCCAAACUCAUCUACACAUACUGUGGUAUUGUGCUGGUGGCCAUUAAUCCCUAUGAGAACCUUCCCAUCUACGGUAGUGACAUCAUCAAUGCGUACAGUGGCCAGAACAUGGGAGACAUGGACCCUCACAUCUUCGCUGUGGCUGAGGAGGCUUACAAACAGAUGGCCAGAGAUGAGAGGAACCAGUCUAUAAUCGUAAGCGGUGAGUCGGGAGCAGGGAAGACUGUCUCAGCUAAAUACGCCAUGCGCUACUUUGCUACAGUCAGUGGAGCAGCCACAGAGGCCAACGUAGAGGAGAAGGUCCUCGCAUCCAACCCCAUCAUGGAGGCGAUAGGGAACGCUAAGACGACUCGUAACGACAACAGCAGUCGUUUUGGGAAGUACAUUGAGAUCGGCUUCGACAAACGCUACCGUAUCAUUGGAGCUAACAUGAGGACAUAUCUACUGGAGAAGUCUAGAGUGGUGUUUCAGGCGGAUGAGGAGAGGAACUAUCAUAUCUUCUACCAGCUGUGUGCGUCCUCCCAUCUACCAGAGUUCAAGAAUCUGAAGCUAGGUAGUGCUGAUGUCUUCCACUGCACCAAUCAGGGCCGGAACCCGGUCAUCGAUGGAGUCGACGAUGCUAAAGAGAUGUGCACAACACAACAUGCCUUCUCACUGCUAGGCAUCAACGAGUUGAACCAGAAGGGGCUGUUCCAGGUCCUGGCUGCCAUCUUACAUCUGGGCAACGUGGAGAUCAAGGACCGAGACUCUGACAGCAGCAUCAUACCUCCCAAUAACCGCCACCUGACGGUGUUCUGUGAGCUGAUGGGCGUGACCUACCAGGACAUGUCUCAUUGGCUGUGCCACAAGAAGCUUAAGACAGCCCAGGAGACCUACAUCAAGCCCAUCCCUCGGCUGCAAGCCUCCAAUGCCCGCGACGCGCUCGCCAAACACAUCUACGCCAAAGUCUUCAACUGGAUUGUGGACCAUGUCAACAAAUCUCUACGCGCCACCGUCAAACAGCACUCCUUCAUAGGAGUCCUGGAUAUCUAUGGGUUUGAGACGUUUGAGAUCAACAGUUUUGAACAGUUCUGUAUCAACUAUGCUAACGAGAAACUGCAACAGCAGUUUAACAUGCAUGUGUUCAAGCUGGAGCAGGAGGAGUAUUUGAAGGAGCAGAUUCCCUGGACUCUGAUAGACUUCUAUGAUAACCAGCCAUGUAUCAACCUCAUAGAGGCCAAGAUGGGGGUACUCGACCUGCUGGACGAAGAGUGCAAGAUGCCUAAAGGUUCAGAUGACUCAUGGGCCCAGAAGCUGUAUAACACCCAUCUGAAGACCUGCUCUCUGUUUGAGAAACCUCGCAUGUCCAACAAAGCCUUCAUCAUACAGCACUUCGCUGACAAGGUGCAGUACCAGUGUGAUGGCUUUCUGGAGAAGAACAAGGACACAGUGAAUGAAGAGCAGAUCAAUGUCCUGAAGGCCAGCAAGUUGGACUUGCUAGUGGAGCUGUUUCAGGAUGAGGAGAAAGUGACCAGUCCAACAGGGACCGCUCCAGGAGGUCGAACACGACUCAGCGUCAAACCAAAAGAGGUCAGAUCUGGAGCAAGCAGCAAGGAGCACAAGAAGACUGUUGGCUGCCAGUUCCGGAACUCUCUGGCUAUGUUGAUGGAGACUCUGAAUGCAACCACUCCUCACUAUGUUCGCUGCAUCAAGCCCAACGACCUCAAGUUCCCCUUCACGUUUGACCCUAAGCGAGCGGUGCAGCAGCUCAGAGCCUGUGGUGUUCUGGAGACCAUCCGUAUCUCAGCCGCAGGCUUCCCAUCCAGAUGGACCUACCAGGAGUUCUUCAGUCGUUACCGGGUUCUGAUGAAGCAGAAGGACGUCCUGUCGGACAGGAGGCUGACCUGUAGGAACGUCCUGGAGAAACUGGUGCAGGACCAGGACAAGUACCAGUUUGGUAAGACUAAGAUCUUCUUCAGGGCUGGUCAAGUUGCCUACCUGGAGAAGCUGAGGGCUGAUAAGCUGAGGAAGGCGUGUGUCCGUAUCCAGAAGACCAUCCGCUGCUGGCUGGUACGCAAGAAGUACCUCCGAAAGAAGCAUGCUGCCAUCACCAUCCAGAGAUACACCCGCGGACACCAGGCCCGCUGUCUGGUUAAGUACAUGCGUCAGACCCUGGCAGCCAUCACUAUCCAGAAGUUCCAGAGGAUGUGUGUCCAGAGGAAAGUGUACCUACAGAAGCAGGCUGCUGCCCUGGUCAUGCAGACUAUCCUCAGAGCGUACAUGGCCCGACAGAAAUACCAAGGGUUGCUGCGUAACCACAAAGCUGUGUUCAUCCAGAAACACGUGCGUGGCUGGCUGGCCAGACAGCGGUACAAGCGCUCCCUGCGAGCCAUCGUCUAUCUGCAGUGCUGCAUCAGGAGGAUGAAGGCCAAGAAAGAGCUGAAGAAGCUGAAAAUCGAGGCCCGCUCCGUUGAACAUUUCAAAAAACUUAACGUUGGCAUGGAGAAUAAGAUCAUGCAGCUGCAGAGGAAGUUAGACGAACAGGCUAAAGACAACCGUGUGACUAGCGAGCGGCUGAACUGUCUGGAGACGUCCCACGCGGUGGAGAGUGAGAAGCUGAAGGUAGAGGUGUCUAAGCUGAAGGGGAUAGAAGAGGAAGCCAAGAACAACGCCAACCGUGUCACUUCCCUUCUGGAGCAGCUGGAGAGGCUGAGGAAGGAGCUGACCACCACCCAGAAAGAGAAGAAGACCAUUGAGGACUGGGCUACCAAGUACAGGGAUGAGAUGGAAAAGAUGGUAGCAGAGCUGAAGCAGCAGAAUGGUCUGCUGAAGACAGAGAAAGACGACCUGAACCGAAUGAUCAAGGAACAGAGCCAGCAGAUGACAGAGAAAAUGACUCGUGCAUUAGCGGAGGAGACUCAGCAGUUGGAGAGCGAUCUGAACGAGGAGAGGUCUCGCUACCAGAACCUCCUAACAGAACACCUGAGACUGGAGGAACGCUACGACGACCUCAAGGAAGAAAUCACUCUCUCUGUGAGCGUGCCCAAGCCCGGCCACAGGAGAACAGACUCCACCCACAGCAGCAACGGAUCAGAGUGCACCUACAACUCAGAGUUCGCCGAAUCAGAAGAAAGUUCCCGACAUGGAGAAGAUGUGACCCGGGGCAUGGACACGUCUCUGACUCUGAAGCUGCAGAAGCGCGUAACCGAGCUGGAGCAGGAGAAAUCCUCUCUCCGCAACGAGCUAGAAAACAAGGAGGAGCAGUUCCAGCGGGCUAGAGUCAGGGAUGAUGAGGAGCAUAAGAAAUCACGUGGAGCAGAACUGGAGUACGAGUCUCUCAAGCGCCAGGAGCUGGAUUCCGAGAACAAGAAGUUGAAGCACGACCUGACCGCCAUGAGGCAGAGCCUGCUGGGUAAUGCAGGCGCUGGGGCAGGGGCACCAGGAAGUCCACCCUACAAAGUUCUCAUGGACCAACUGAACUCCUCGUGCGAGGAGCUGGAGGUGCGGAAAGAGGAGGUGUUGAUUCUACGAUCUCAACUGGUCUCACAGAAGGAGGCCAUGCAGCACAAGGAGACGAUGACGGAGCCAGUGCACUAUGCAGAGGAUGUCCAUAAGAUGAAGGACUCUGGUACAAUCACUCAGGCUUAUCUAGGACUCAAAGAGACCAACAGACUGUUGGAGGGCCAGAUGCAGCAGCAGCGGCGUAGCUAUGACAACGAGGUGGAGGUGUUGCGAGGGGAGUUACAGAGUGUUAAAGAGGAGAAUAACCGUCAACAACAGCUGCUGGCCCAGAACCUGCAGCUCCCACCAGAGGCACGCAUAGAGGCUAGUCUACAGCAUGAGAUCACACGACUCACCAACGAAAACCUGGAGAUGCUGAGGACUGAGGAUCCAACAGCAUAUCGCAGCGCCAAAGUCAACAUAUUACGACGGAUGGUUGACCUCAUGGAACAGCUGGAGAAGCAGGAUAAAACUAUCCGUAAGCUUAAGAAGCAGCUGAAGGUGUUCUCCAAGAAGAUUGGACAAAUGGGAGCUGGCCAUGUUGAGACGAUAUCUCCGGGUCAGAUGGUUGAAGAGACGGUCCGUCCGGUGAACAUUCCUCGUCGCGAGAAAGACUUCCAGGGAAUGUUGGAGUACAAGAAGGAGGAUGAGCUGAAACUGGUUAAGAACCUCAUACUGGAGUUGAAGCCUCGUGGUGUAGCGGUGAAUCUGAUCCCAGGCCUGCCAGCCUACAUCCUCUUCAUGUGUCUGAGGCAUGCUGACUAUGUCAACGAUGACCAGAAGGUCAGGACGCUGCUCACAUCCACCAUCAACAGCAUCAAGAAGAUACUCAAGAAACGGGGGGAUGACUUUGAGACGGUCUCUUUCUGGCUGUCCAACACCUGCCGCUUCCUACACUGUCUCAAACAGUACAGCGGAGAUGAGUCGUUUAUGAAGCACAACACUCCUAAGCAGAAUGAUCACUGCCUGUCUAACUUUGACCUGGCUGAGUACCGGCAGGUCCUCAGUGACCUGGCCAUUCAGAUCUACCAGCAGCUCAUCAAAUGCAUGGAGAACAUCCUACAGCCCAUGAUUGUCUCUGGUAUGUUGGAGCAUGAGACCAUCCAGGGUGUGUCGGGGGUUAAGCCGACCGGUCUGCGUAAACGGACAUCGAGCAUCGCUGACGAGGGAACCUACACGCUGGAAUCCAUCUUACGCCAGCUCAGCGCUUUCCACUCCACCAUGUGUCAGCACGGCACUGACCCUGAACUCAUCAAACAGGUCCGUGUGCAUGUGUCUGACCCUGACCCUUGGCUGUGUUCUGACCCUGACCCUUGGCUAUGUUCUGACCCUGACACUUGGCUGUGUUCUGACCCUGACCCUUGCCUGUGUUCUGACCCUUGGCUGUUUUCUGACCCUGACCCUUGGCUGUGUUCUGACCCUGACCCUUGGCUGUGUUCUGACCCUGACCCUUGGCUAUGUUCUGACCCUGACCCUUGGCUGUGUUCUGACCCUGACCCUUGGCUGUGUUCUGACCCUGACCCUGUGUUCUGA